ACAUGCAUGCAUGCAUGCAUGUAGGAGUAUAUACAUAUGUGGUGUGCUGUGCUGUGCACACCGGCGGUCCGGCAGUGCCUAGCUAACUAGCAAUGGCGCGCCAGUUGUUCCUCCAUCCGGUCCUGCUGGCCGCCGCCUGCUUGUUGGUCUCGGUCGUCCUCUGCAACGCCGGCGUGGCGCAGGCGGCGUGGUGGUGGCCGAGGUGGGACAGCCUGUUCCCGAGCCGCGGCCAGCAGCAGCACCACGGCGGCUACGACUACCAUGACAACGGCGACGGCAGCAGCAAGAGCCGCGUGGCGUCUAUCGUGACGCAGGAGCUGUACGGGGAGAUGUUCAAGCACAAGGACGACGCGGCGUGCCCCGCGCACGGAUUCUACACCUACGCCUCGUUCCUCGCCGCGGCCGCGCGGUUCCCGGAGUUCGGCGGCGACGGCGACCUGGCCACGCGGAAGCGCGAGGUGGCGGCGUUCCUGGCGCAGGUCUCGCACGAGACGACCGGAGGGUGGGCGACGGCGCCCGACGGACCCUUCGCGUGGGGCCUCUGUUUCAAGGAGGAGAUCACGCCGCCCAUCGACUACUGCGACGCCAGCAGCACGCAGUGGCCGUGCGUCGCCGGCAAGUCGUACCACGGCCGGGGCCCCAUUCAGCUGUCCUGGAACUUCAACUACGGACCGGCGGGGCAGGCGCUGGGCUUCGACGGGCUGGGCAGCCCCGACGUGGUGGCCGCCGACCCGGAGGUGGCGUUCAAGACGGCGCUGUGGUUCUGGAUGACGCCCCGGGCGCCCAAGCCGUCGUGCCACGACGUCAUGGUGGGGCGGUACCGGCCCAGCGCCGCGGAUGUUGCGGCCAACCGGACCGCGGGCUACGGGCUCACCACCAACAUCAUCAACGGCGGCAUCGAGUGCGGCAAGAGCGGCGUCCCGCAGGUGGACGACCGGAUCGGCUUCUUCCGGGAGUACUGCAAGCUGCUCCGCGUCGACGUCGGGACUAACUUGGACUGUGCUCAGCAGCAGCCUUACUCUUCCUAAUUAAUCAGUCCAUCGAACGAUUAAUUGUACUCCUCCUCCUGCUGCUGCUGCUGCUGCUUGUCUUUAAUUUCGGAUUUUCGAUUCGAGUCGUACGCGCUGAGUUAUCAUUGACAACAUACGUACAAUAAUGAUGAGCAUGAAGGGCCUGUUUGGUUUGUCUAA